GCACUUAUCAUCAUGUGCUAUGCAUCUUAUAUAAACUUAGCUGAAGCCAUACACAAUUAGUUUGAUUUGCAUCGUUAGCAACAACAUAAUGAAUAUUACAUUAUAUUGUUUUGAAGAAACCGUAUAACCGUGUGUUGUUAAAAUGGCAUCAAAUAACAAUCAAUUAUUUCGCGGAUUAUUGCAGAAACCUUACGAACCAAUAUUUUUUCCAAAAUCGGAUGGUAAAUUAUUUUAUGAUCUACCAGGGGCGUACUUCACUGACGAAUAUCGCGAAUACGGACCAUCGAUACAAAAUCGCUUCGGUAGUAAUGCAGAAACGGUUAUACCAUUUCCUAACAUCACGCCACCAGAUUUGUCGUUUGCGAAUGUUGUUAAACGCCGAGGUGAAUUCUCAGUAUUUAACCAAGCACAUCGACGAGCUUCGAGCCACUUAAUUCAACUGUUUCUUGACCAACCGGACCCUGCUAGUCUUAUUGCCACGGCAGCAUACAUACGGGAUCGCCUCAACGCGCCACUGUUUCAGUAUGCGCUUUCAGUUGCAUUGCUUCAUCGUUCAGACACGCGAGAUGUGGAAAUUCCCAGUUUCUUGGAAUUGUUUCCCGAUCGUUAUGUCGAUCCGAGUGUGUUCCCUAAAUUACGAGAACAAGGAAACGUGCUGGAACGUGGCAAUCGACGCGCCAUCGAUAUUCCACUCAACUACACUGCAUCCGAUCAGAUCGACGAACAACGUGUAGCAUAUUGGAGAGAGGACACUGGCGUCAGUUUGCACCAUUGGCAUUGGCAUUUGGUGUACCCGUCUUCUGGGCCAGACUUAGUAGUACGCAAGAAUCGGCGAGGAGAAUUGUUUUACCAUAUGCAUCAACAGACGAUAGCUCGUUAUAAUAUCGAGCGAUUUGCGAACGGCUUGCCGCGUGUCCGAUCGUUCAGUCAGCUGAGAGAAACAAUUCCAGAGGCAUAUUUUCCCAAAAUCGUCAGAACUUCCGAUGGUAGAGCUUAUUCAGCUCGUUAUCCCAACCAGGUGUUGAAUGAUGUAAAUCGAGCUGAAGAUGAAUCCGUUGUCAAAAUUGUAGAUAUGGAGUCAUGGAUCCAUAGGAUAUUUGAAGCUAUCGAUAAUGGAACCGCAAAAGGAGCGAACGGCGAACUAAUUCCUCUUAACAACAAUCGAGGAAUAGAUGUGCUAGGUGAUAUGCUUGAGGCCAGUACGCUGUCCAUAAAUCCAACAUAUUAUGGAGAUUAUCACCAAAACGGACAUGUAAUGUUGGGUUACAUUCACGAUCCCGAUAAUGCUUAUUUGGAGGGCGUUGGCGCAAUUGGCGAUAACACUACAACCAUGCGCGAUCCUUUGUUUUAUCGUUGGCAUCAACAUAUCGAUGACAUAUUUGUGAGACACAAACAGCGUCUUCCAGCCUAUUCAACUCAAGAUCUGCAAUUUAGCGAUGUGUCUAUCGACUCUUACGGUGUUCAGCUUAACAAAGCCGAUGCGCCAAAGAAUGUGCUCCUCACGUAUUGGCAACGUACACAAUUUGAUCUAGGGAUCGUCCCGAACGGAAACUUUUUCGUAACCUUCACCCACAUUCAACAUGCCCCAUUUGCUUAUCAUGUUCAAGCGACUAAUCACAGCAACACGCCUAAACGAGGGUAUGUGCGACUGUUUCUAGCACCCAAAGUGGAUCACAAGCGUCAGCUCAUGCCAUUCCAAGAUCAACGGAGACAUAUGGUGGAGCUUGAUAAAUUUCUAGUAGAGCUAAGGCCAGGAUCGAAUAAUAUUACCCGGCGAUCGGAGCAAUCAAACUUAACCAUCCCUUACGAACGCACAUUCCGAAACAUUGCCAGCUCUAGGGAGCCUGACUCGGAACCAUUUCAAUUUUGCAAUUGCGGCUGGCCAUCACACUUGUUGCUGCCAAAGGGUUCAACCGAUGGUACAGAAUAUGAGUUUUUUGUGAUGAUUUCCGACUACAAUCAAGAUCGUGUGGAGGAAUUCAAUGAGAGCGACAAUUGCAACGAUGCUCAUCUGUUUUGUGGUCUUCGAGAUCGUAAAUACCCUGAUGCCCGCAGCAUGGGAUAUCCGUUUGAUCGAUUUACCGCUUCUUCAGUACGAACCUUACACGAUUUUGUACGCCCGUAUAAAAAUAUGUUUGUUACAACCGUAUCGAUACGAUUUACAAAUACUGUUAUCUUUAGCAUAGUUAUGUCCUCGCUUGAAAACCAGUUCCGCGGAUUGCUGCAGCAUCCGUAUGAACCACUAUUUUUCCCAAAAAAUAAUGGGCAAUUGUUGUACGAUCUGCCAGAUCGAUUCUUUACGGAUCGCUAUCGUGCGAUCGGUCAAAAUCUGAUCAACAGAUUCGGUAACGCGGUUACAUCGCCAGCCGGUGCGAGUGCUGACACACCCGUUCCCAGUCGGGUUGCUUUAAAAGAUAUUCCAGAGCCGAACCUUCAGUUCGCAGAAGCCAUCUCUCGACGCAGCGGGUUUUCACUAUUCAUUCCCCAACAUCGUAAAAUAGCUGGACAGCUAAUUGAGUUCUUUCUUUCGCAACCGGAUGCCGAAUCAUUAGUCUCCGCUGCAGCAUUUGCAAGAGACCGUCUUAACGCUCCUCUGUUUCAAUAUGCCCUGUCAUCAGCCCUACUCCAUCGUACAGAUACCAACAAUGUUCCUGUUCCAUCAUUUUUGCAUCUUUUUCCUGACCAGUUUGUCGAUCCCGCUGUCUUUCCGAGGUUGUUGGAGGAAGGACGAGCUGUGCUUCAACCUAAUCGGAUGGCUAUUGACAUUCCUAUGAAUUAUACCGCAUCAGAAAACGUUAGAGAACAAGCGGUGGCAUAUUUUCGAGAAGAUAUCGGCGUUAACUUACAUCACUGGCAUUGGCACCUUGUGUAUCCAGCCGAUGGGCCAACUAGUGUGGUUCGUAAAGAUCGGCGUGGCGAGCUCUUUUAUUACAUGCAUCAGCAGAUGUUGGCAAGAUAUCAGAUUGAGCGAUACAGUAACGGUCUAGGGCGCAUUCCGGUGCUUAACAACCUACGGAAUCCGAUAGCAGAACCAUACUAUCCAAAAAUUAUACGAAGUGCAGACAAUCGUACCUAUCCAGCUCGAUAUCGAAACAUGGUACUGGCAGACGUUAUCAGACCGAAUGAUCAACUACAGGUUGUGAUAAGCGAGGUGGAACUCCAGCUACAACGGAUUGCAGAAGCGAUAGAUGCAGGAUCGAUAGUAGCGUCCAAUGGACAACGAGUUCCGCUCAAUAAUUUUAAUGGAAUAGAUGUGCUAGGUAACAUCGUGGAGAGCUCGACCAUCUCGGCGAAUGGGGCCUUUUACGGUGAUACACACAAUAGUGGCCACAUUCUACUGGCCUUCAUUCACGAUCCUACAGGGGAAUUUUUGGAAAGCUUUGGGGUAAUGGGUGAUGUGACAACGGCUAUGCGAGACCCCAUUUUUUACCAAUGGCAUUCAUAUGUGAACAACAUUUUCCUAAGACACAAGAAUUUGUUGUCUCCCUACACGGCUAACGACCUUUCGAACCCUGGGGUUAACAUCGUGAACUUCGAAACGGAACUGGAUCGACAAGGCUCAGUGAAAAAUGUACUCCUAACAUUCUGGCAACGAACACAGAUCGAUCUAGGUGCUGGGCUCGAUUUUGGUCCAGAAGGAUCCGCCUUCGUCACAACCACCCAUCUCCAGCACGCGGCAUUCAAUUAUCGUUUUCAGAUUAUUCUGUCUGGUAGUGCACGCGAAGGUACGGUUCGCAUAUUUCUGGCGCCGAAGCGAAACGAGCGCGGCCAAGCAUUGGCUUUUGACGAGCAACGUCGUCUUGCAAUAGAAAUGGACACGUUUCGUAUUAACCUGAAAUCGGGAGUAAAUAACAUUUUACGUCGGUCGGCCAACUCUAGUGUCACCAUACCAUAUGAGCGUACUUUCCGCAACGUUUCACAAUCAAACGCUGGCGAUUCAUCUUUCCGGUUUUGCGGAUGCGGAUGGCCUUCGCACAUGCUUCUUCCAAAAGGCGACUUCAUUGGAGUAGAAUACGAUUUAUUCGCAAUGGUUUCUGACUACACAAAGGAUAGAGUCAACCCCCAAUUUGAUGAAAAAAUCGAAUGCAACGAUGCCCAUUCGUUCUGUGGGUUGAGAGAUCAAACAUACCCCGACGCACGUAACAUGGGCUUCCCUUUCGAUCGUCGUGCUAGCAACAAUAUACGAUCUUUUGGAGACUUUGUUGCCCCUUACCAAAAUAUGCGUAUGGCAACAGUAACGAUUCGUUUUACAAAUACAGUAGUUGCAAGAACGAAUGGAAACAACACAAUAUCACUCCUUAAGUGUGGUAACAGUUCAUUAAGUGAAAGUUUGUUAAAAAAAAUUACAAUGUCUGACGUCGAAGUUGGAUUUCUGUGUCUUAUGACCCGUCCAACGGAGCCUCUAUUUUAUCCUAAAUACAAUGGUGAAGUAUUCAUGGAUUUGCCAACGGAAUAUUUAUCGAGUCGAUACCAGGUAGUGGCUGAUUGGAUAAAAAAUCACUUCGGCUCGACUGCGAAGCGACAAGUUGCAAUUAAAUCGAUUGACUUACCGGAUCUAAGUUACGCAGCACUCGUUCCACGAUAUGGAGACUUCAAUUUGUUCAGUACUGCGCAAAGGAAAGUGGCUGGACAGUUAGUGUCCGAUCUGAUCGCGCAACCGGAUGCCGAAUCAAUGUUAUCUCUGGCAAGCUAUGCCAGGGACCGGAUGAACCCCACAUUGUUCCAGUACGCUCUCUCAAUUGCACUAAUGCACAGGCAAGACACCAGAAACGUUCCAAUUCCAUCGUUUUUGGAAAUGUUCCCGGCACGCUUUGUGGAUCCAAUGGUUAUCCCGCAGGCUCGUGAAGAAGGAUUCAUAGUUCAGCAGGGAGCACGUGUAGCGAUAGACGUACCGGUCAACUUUACAGCUUCAGACAAUGAGGUCGAACAACGAUUGGCUUACUGGAGAGAAGACAUUGGUCUGAACCUUCACCAUUGGCAUUGGCACUUAGUUUAUCCUCAGGAAGGUCCACUUGAAGUAGUAGAUAAGGACCGUAGAGGCGAGCUGUUCUAUUAUAUGCAUCGUCAGGUAGUUGCACGGUAUAACGUAGAACGAUUCUCUAGCCUGCUACCAGCUGCAAAGCCCCUGUUGAAUCUUCGUGAACCAAUACCUGAAGCAUAUUUUCCCAAAAUAUUAAACAGUGCGCUAAAUAGGACGUAUCCCGGAAGAGCAGCAAACCAAUUGAUAAGCCACGUGAAUCGGCCCGAAGACGAUGCAGUUUCUACUAUCUUGGAGAUGGAGACAUCUUUGGGCCGAAUAAUGGACGCAAUACAAUCGGGAUUCAUUUUGGCGGACGAUGGGAGCCGUAUUCCGCUAGAGGAGGGAAGUGGAAUCGAUCUGCUGGGAAACAUAGUUGAGAAUUCAUUGCUUUCAAAGAAUUUAGCUUACUAUGGGAACUAUCACUCCUUGUUACAUUCCAUGAUCGGGUUUAUGCAUGAUCCCGAUAAUCUUUUCUUGGAAGGGCAUGGUGUCAUGGGUGAUUUUCCAACCGCUAUGCGUGAUCCCGUGUUUUAUCGUUUGCAUAGCCAGGUGGAUAACGUUUUCGAUCAGCACAAACAAAAACUGCCAGCCUAUUUGAACAGUGAGCUUGCGUUCAGCGGAAUAACCAUUACAGACGUCGCUGCGCAUGUAACGAGCGGAAAAUCAAUCAAGAAUAGAUUGCUCACAUUCUGGCAGAGAUCACAAGUCGACCUGGGAACAGGGAUGGAUUUUGGGCCGCAUGGCAAUGUAGUAGCUACCUUUACCCAUAUCCAACAUGCUCCGUUUGCCUAUCAGAUUAUGGCUUUUAAUGAAUCGAAUCAGGAAAAAACAGCAACUGUUCGCAUCUUUUUAGCUCCUAUUAGUGAUGCUAAAGGAGAACAGCUUCUUCUCAAAGAUCAACGGCGCUUCAUGAUUGAAAUGGACAAAUUUGUAGUAAAACUGCAUCCUGGUGAAAAUCGUAUUAUUAGAAAAUCUGACGAAUCCAGCGUUACCAUACCAUACGAACGAACAUUUCGCCGUGUCGAUGCUUCCAGCAUGCCCGGAACCGACGGUUUUCGGUUCUGUAAUUGUGGUUGGCCAGAUCAUAUGCUGUUACCCAAGGGCAGUUAUAAUGGACAAAUAUUUGACUUAUUUGUUAUGCUUUCCAAUUAUAACGAUGAUUUGGUGCAAUCGGAAAUGAUACAGACCGAUGACUGCAAUGAUUCUCAUUCGUACUGUGGGCUUCAAGAUCAGAAGUAUCCCGAUAAACGCGCCAUGGGUUUUCCGUUUGACCGAAUUCCUAUUCCUGAGGAUCAAAUGAUGCAAGAUUUCGUAUCUAGAUUUUCAAAUAUGGAGCGUGCGGUCUUGGAAAUUGUUUUCAACAAUACAAUCAUCUCACGUACAUAAUGCUGGAUGUUAUAUAUAAUGCAGCGCACUGAAAGUUAGUUAUUAAUAAGUAUCAUGGAAAACAAGAGGAUAAAGGCAACAUGAAGCAUAAACGUCAGCGUAAACGCAAAGCGUAGUGACAAAAUGUAUACACGCUUAUGACUAAAAGUUUAUAGGUCCGGGAGUGAAAAACCGAGUGUAAACGCGGUUUGCAAAUCAUGUGCUCGUUAUGAGCUCUUUUUGUGCGUUGUAUCGAUAACCCCAGGAUACCAAAUUUAACAAUAUAACCCCAGGAUGCAAAAUUUUGGGCGAAAUUCGAAAAAAUUUCAGUGCAAUCCGUUUUGUAAAAUUCAACUCGGACAUAGCUGGAAUGUAUAUUUCUGGAUAACCACAUAUUAAUAAAAUAGAGAGAUUCUGCAAGAGAUUUUCUACCAAUAUAUGAUUUUU